AUGCCCCGAAGAGCCCAUAGAAAGUCGCGCAACGGCUGCCUCGAAUGCAAGCGGCGUCAUGUCAAAUGCGACGAGAAACGGCCAGUCUGCUCCAACUGCAUCAGCGCAGAGCGCGACUGCGGGUAUGGGACUCGGACGCUGAAUUCGAAUGCGACUGCAGUGCCUCCAUUGACAGUCUCUCCGACGCCUGAGACGCCUCUCAGUUCGGCUUCUGCAGGAAGUGCGUCCUUCAGUGACCAGCCGGUGAAUAUGCUACACGUUGAGCUCUUCCACAAUUUCUGCACGAAGAUACACGACACUUUCGACCCAACCGGGUCAGUACCGUGGCUCGCUGAGCUGCUUUCCCAGUCCAUAACAACCCCUUACCUCGUCAAUGAGCUGCUGGCCUUCAGCUCUCUCCAUCUAAGUACACAGCGUCCAGCGCGUCGGGAGUUCUACCACUUCCAUGCCGCGCAACUGCAGACCCACGCCCUGGCCAUCUUCAACGAGAAAAACCCAGAAGUUACCGAGGAGAAUUGCCUGCCGCUCUUCCUCUUCUCAUGUCUGCGCCUCCACCAUGGCUCGCACACUAUCAUCGGCCAGGCCUGGCAAUUGCUAAACGACUCGACCCUCAAACCCGCGUUCGACAUCGGCGGGUCGCUCUACAAGCGAGGCGGCCCGCUGGGGGCUGGAUACGAGAAGCUCUUGGACUUGGUAGUCGCAGCAAACCUAGGGAACGAACUCACGGUAAUCUACCGGCAGGCUAUAGAGACGCUACAGACCUGCACGAACGUGGCGGACAUCCCUGACAGUGAAGCACAGAAGCACCUUGGCGCGAUCAAUGGGGUCAUCACCUGGCCGAUGCUGGUCAAGCUGGAGUUCAGCGACCUCCUGGGGCAGGGCAGGCCGGAGGCGCUGGUGAUCCUGGCGCAUUAUGCGGUGCUGGUGCAUCGCUUUAGAGAAUCGUGGCUGUUUGCCGACUCGGGGAAGUUUUUGAUUCAGGAGAUUGGGAGAUGCCUGGGAGAGGAGUGGGAGGAGUGGAUGGCCUGGCCGAAUGAUGCUUUAUGUCAGGAUACAUAGCAAGGGUGUAUAUGGUAUUAAAUAGAUUAAUGAAUUAAACGUCAUUCUAUCAUAACAGGUCU